AUGGAGAGAGCGGCGCCCUUUGGACUGCCGUGCCUGUGCGUGCUGUGGACGGCGCUGCUGUUGGAAAUGUGGCCCUGCGGCGCGCACGGCAACUGGAUGUGGCUGGGCAUUGCCUCCUUUGGUGUCCCAGAGAAACUGGGCUGUGCCAACCUGCCUCUGAGCAACCGCCAAAAAGACCUGUGCAAGAAGAAGCCCCACCUGCUGCCCAGCAUCCAGGAAGGAGCACGUCUGGGCAUCCAGGAAUGCCAGAGCCAGUUCAGGCAUGAGCGGUGGAACUGCCUGCUCUCACCAGUGGCGGCCCCUUCUCUUUCCGGCAAUCCUUCCUCCAUCUCUGUGACUCCUGCCUUCUCCGUCUUUGGCUACGAGCUGAGCAGUGGUACCAAAGAAACGGCAUUUAUCUUUGCAGUGAUGGCAGCUGGCCUAGUGCACUCAGUGACUCAUGCAUGUGGCGCGGGGAAUAUGACAGAAUGCUCCUGUGAUAACACCCUGCAAAGCGGUGGCUCAGCCAGUGAAGGCUGGUACUGGGGUGGCUGCUCUGAUGACAUCCAGUAUGGCAUGUGGCUGAGCAGAAAGUUCUUAGAUGGCCCUGCCAAAAACACCUCUGGAAAAGAUGGAAAUGCCUUGAGAGCCAUGAACUUACAUAAUAAUGAAGCUGGAAGACUGGCUGUAGCAAAACUGAUGUCAGUGGAAUGUCGUUGUCAUGGAGUGUCUGGCUCUUGCGCCUUAAAAACCUGCUGGAAAACAAUGUCAUCAUUCGCAAAAGUUGGCAGCUUUUUGAAAGAGAAGUAUGAAAACAGCAUUCAGAUUUCAGACAGACUGAAAAAAAGGAUCCGCAGGAAAGAAAAAAGGCACCGAAAGAUACCCAUCCACCAAGAAGAUCUGCUGUAUAUCAAUAGGUCCCCCAACUACUGUGUUGAAGAUCGCAAACUGGGAGUCCUGGGGACGCAGGGCAGGGAAUGCAACCGUACUUCAGAGGGACCAAAUGGAUGCAACCUUCUCUGCUGUGGCCGAGGAUAUAACACCCAUGUCGUGAGGCACGUGGAGAGAUGUGAGUGCAAGUUUGUUUGGUGCUGCUACGUGCGCUGCAGAAGAUGCGAAACCAUGACUGAUGUUCACACUUGCAAAUGA